UCCAUCCGGACUCCACAUCGUUCAAGCCAACAGUAAUUCUUCUCGUACAAAAAUACCAUCCAAAUGGCUCUCCCGUCUCGUCUAGCUUCUCAGUUUCGAUCUUCUGCAGCACUAAUAAGGAAUGGUGCGGUUAAGAAAGCUUUUAGCACACAAUCUGCCGGGAAAAGUCGUUCAAUGCUCGGCAAUGCUGCUCCAUUUUUGAUCGGUGCGACUGCUGCCACAAGUACCUUGCUUGCAGCGAAAUAUUUCUACGAUAAUAAGGAUAAAUACACGGUUCUUAGGCCUGUUCAUGCUGCUUCACGUAUGGGGAACAAAUCGGAAAGAACCUUUAUAAUGGUGAAACCGGAUGGAGUCCAACGAGGUCUAGUGGGAGAUAUUAUAAAGAGAUUUGAACAGAAAGGUUUUAAACUUGUAGCAAUGAAAUUUGUGCAUGCUGAUGAAGACCAUUUAAGAAAACACUAUGAAGACUUGAAAGCUUUGCCUUUCUUCCCAGGAUUGGUUAAAUUUGUGUCUUCAGGGCCUGUUGUUGCCAUGGUUUGGGAAGGUGUUGGUGUGGUCAAGACUGGACGAGUCAUGCUUGGUGAAACUAACCCAGCUGACUCUAAGCCAGGGACAAUUCGUGGAGACUAUUGUGUACACAUUGGAAGAAUAAUGGCUGAUGAACGAACCUUUCUUAUGAUAAAACCCGAUGCCGUACACCGCGGAUUGAUCGGUGAAAUUAUCACCAGAUUCGAAAAAAAAGGAUUCAAACUCGUGGCAAUGAAAUUCGUAAAGAAAAGCGAAAAGCAUUUCAAAGAGCACUACGCAGAGUUGAGUCAAAAGAAGUUUUUUGCUGGAUUGGUUAAAUACAUGUCCGAGUCUCCGGUAGUAGCAAUGGUAUGGGAAGGCAAGGGUGUGGUUAGCACGGCACGAGUCAUGCUUGGAGAAACUAAUCCUGUGGAUUCAAAGCCAGGAACCAUUCGUGGUGAUCUUUCCAUUGAUAUUGGAAGGAACAUUAUCCAUGGUAGUGACUCUGUCGAGACGGCAAAGAAAGAAAUUUCUCUGUGGUUCCAAGCUGAUGAGCUGAAUUCCUGGACACCUAACGACUACACCUGCAUAUAUGAGUAACUUUUGGGCUAUUCCAGUGUAAAAUGAUUCCAGUAUCAAAACGAUUCAAUAAAUAAAUAAAAACAGAAAAAUCUUAAAAGCCA